AUGGAUCAUCGAGGUUGGUGUGUUGGUAGAGCGGUCACUGUUGGCGUUUGUGCUGUGAUCGUGCUUGUGUUCCUAUUGGGAACAUCCCAGCCAGUCGAGGGACUGCGAUGCAGCACAGGUGAAGGUCCAAGUACGGAGGAUGUUAAGCGAAUCGUACGGACGUGCCUGAACAAGGUAACGAACAGCAGUUCGGACAAUCGGACUAGUGACGAGUACCCGAACUAUGAUUCAUCGGCAUCAGACGAAUCGGAUGAGGAAACGGGUCACGGUGAUGGCAGCAGACAAGGAACGACCGGCCAGUCUUACUAUGACCGUCGUUACGAUGGGAACGAUCGAGGUAAUGGAGGAAUGAAUCGUCCGGAGGAACGCGGUAGACGACAGCAGAUGGAUCGAAGAGACCAACGUAACGGAGAUGAUCGUCACGGACGUUCGAGAAUGGGCGAUCACGGAAGGGAGCGAAAUGACGAAGAGCGCCAGAUGAUGCUCGACUACGGAAGAAGUUACCAACGGCGCAAACGGCAGUACUACGGAGUUCAAGGCACUUCCACCAGCACUGGUGGUGAGUAUAUGAGUUACGGGCGCCCACCUCCACAGUACGGCGAGUCGGUCAGUGGCAAUGGAUCACGCGGUGGGAACUCUUCAACGAUCGAGCGCGAUCGGGCCUGCCUGAUGCAGUGUUUCUUCGAAGAGCUGAAAGCCACCAACGCGGAAGGUUUUCCCGAGAAGCACAAGGUGCUGCACGUCAUCACGAAGGACAUUCGUGAGCACGAGUUGCGUGAGUUUUACAUCGACUCGAUACAGGAGUGCUUCCACAUGCUGGCGCUGGACAAUCGGCUGAAGGACAAGUGUGACUACUCGAUGCGCUUUGUGACGUGUCUGAGCGAUCGGUUCGAGUCGAACUGUGACGAUUGGGAUAGUGUGACGUCCGCCAUGUUUUAA